AUGUCUCGUUCCGGUGCUAAUAGAAAACAAAGCAAAGCAAUUGGAAUUGAUUUAGGUACAACAUAUUCAUGUGUUGGUGUAUUUCAACAUGGUAAAGUUGAAAUAAUUGCCAAUGAUCAAGGAAAUCGAACAACACCAUCUUAUGUUGCAUUUACUGAUACUGAACGUUUAAUUGGUGAUGCUGCCAAAAAUCAAGCAGCUAUGAAUCCAUCAAAUACAAUAUUUGAUGCUAAACGUUUAAUAGGACGACGUUUUGAUGAUGAUACUGUACAAAAAGAUAUUAAAUUAUGGCCAUUUAAAGUUAUUAAUGGUAAAGAUCGAAAACCAUUGAUUGAAGUUCAAUAUAAAGGUGAAAGAAAGCUUUUUUCACCAGAAGAAAUUUCUUCAAUGGUAUUAACAAAAAUGAAAGAAACAGCUGAUGCUUUCUUAGGUACAACGAUCAGACAAGCUGUUAUUACAGUACCUGCCUAUUUCAAUGACUCACAACGACAGGCAACAAAAGAUGCAGGUACAAUUGCUGGUCUUGAUGUUCUUCGUAUAAUAAAUGAACCAACAGCUGCAGCACUUGCAUAUGGUCUUGAAAAAAGACUUCAACGUGAUCAAAAUAUUCUUAUUUAUGAUCUUGGCGGUGGAACAUUUGAUGUAUCAGUUUUAACAAUAAGUGGUAGCGAUGCUGGUAGUGGUUCUGUAUUUGAAGUAAAAUCUACUGCUGGAGAUACACAUUUAGGUGGUGAAGAUUUUGAUAAUCGUUUAGUACAACAUUUUGUUGAAGAAUUUCGUCGUAAACAUGGUAAAGAUAUAGCAAAACAUACAAAAGCUGUACGUCGUUUACGAAGUGCAUGUGAACGUGCUAAACGAACAUUAUCAUCAUCAACAACAGCUUCAAUUGAAAUUGAUUCACUAUUUGAUGGAAUCGAUUUUAAUACACAAAUAAGUCGUGCUCGUUUUGAAGAACUUAAUAUGGAUAUGUUUCGAAGUACAAUAGGUCCUGUUGAACAAGCACUUCGUGAUGCUAAAUUACAAAAACAUGAUAUUGAAGAAGUUGUUUUAGUUGGUGGUUCAACACGUAUACCAAAAGUUCAACAAUUAUUAUCAGAUUUUUUUAAUGGUAAAAGUUUAAAUAAAAAUAUUAAUCCUGAUGAAGCUGUUGCAUAUGGUGCUGCUGUACAAGCUGCUAUACUUACAGGUGAUCAAAGUGAAAUGAUUAAAGAUGUUUUACUUAUUGAUGUAACACCAUUAUCAAUGGGUAUUGAAACAGCUGGUGGUAUUAUGACAAAAUUAAUUGAACGUAAUCAACGUAUUCCAUAUAAAAAAGCACAAUUAUUUACAACAUAUGCAGAUAAUCAACCAGCAGUUACUAUUCAAGUCUAUGAAGGUGAACGUUCAAUGACAAGAGAUAAUCAUUUAUUGGGUAAAUUUGAUCUUGAAGGCAUUCCGCCAGCACCACGUGGUGUACCACAAAUUGAAGUUACAUUUGAUUUAGAUGCAAAUGGUAUUCUUCAUGUAACUGCUGAAGAUAAAAGUACAGGACGAAAUAAAAGAAUUGAAAUUAAAAAUGAUAAAGGACGUUUAUCACAAGCUGAAAUUCAACGUAUGGUUAAUGAUGCCGAAAAAUAUCGUGAAGAAGAUGAACAAGCACGUGAACGUGUCAAUGCACGUAAUCGUCUUGAAACAUAUUUAUAUUCAUGUAAACAAGCUGUAGAAAAUUAUAAUGGUUCAGCUAUAACAGAUUCUGAUAAAUCAACAGUUUUAAAUGCUUGUGAUGAAGUACAAAAAUGGUUAGAUAGAAAUCAAUUAGCUGAUAAAGAUGAAAUUGAACAUCAUUAUUCAGAAUUAGAAAGAAAAUGUCAACGUGUUAUGACAAAAAUGCAUGGUGGUGGUAGUAGCAGUGGUGGUGGUGGUGGUGGUGGUGGUUCUGAUAGACAACAGUAUAAUCGAAAUGAAAGUCAUAGUGGAUCUGGUGGAUAUUCUGGUCCACGAGUAGAAGAAGUUGAUUAG